UCCAAAGUGCCAAAGUGUUGUCAUUAUCGCCAGCGUUUUGCUUUGCCCGAUAAGUGUUUUCCCCCGCCGCAAGCAGUGAAUCGCCCUCAGCCCUCGGUCCCCCUCACCAAAGGGGCAAUCAGUUAUUGUUCCGCCGCCGCUCUAAUGAACGUUGAACUGCAAAUUGCAAAAGCGUACGAAAAUAAAAAACAAACGGCAAAAUUCGCUCUCUUUGGCAAGACAUCCGCGUCGCUGGGGUGCAUUCACCUCUGCUGUGCUCUAUCUUGUGGCUGCCUAUCGGGAGAUCAUGCGAUUUGAAUAGCCUGCCAAGGGUUAAGGAUAAAGCAGAGAUCGCUGUCCAGCACAUAAGGUAACUUCACUUCGCAUAGGCUUUAUCCAUUGAUCACGUAAAGAACGGCGUAAGAUCUUAUUUGACAGAUCGCAGAUUACUCAUGCAGAUUGAGAAUGGAGGGAGAGGGAAAGAAUCGACCCAUCUCCGGUGCGGAAGCGCACGAUUUAGUCAUGCAUUUUGGAGCGGCCACGGCCGUGAUACGGCAGCUCGCGUUCCCCGGCGGAGAGUUUCUUCCGGUCCGCGGGCACGUGGGGAGAGCACUCUGUUAUAUGUCAGCUACAACGUUAGCCGAGAGUAGGCUAGCGUCGUUUUGGUCUCUUUGACGCGACAGCUAAUAUCUCCGUACUUAAAUCACACGGCGGUCAAUCGGCAUUCGAGUUAUGCAACAUUCUCGGAAGCGAGCGCACCCAGCGACCUUUUAAGCGCGUCUGCCCCGCUCUAAGCCAUCACUUGCACUCUAGAGCUGCCCGCGUUCUCAGCCAAGGAUCUAUUCACGAAACAACUCGGAUACUAACUCUAGCAACCCAAAGUUAGUCCAUCAGAUGAGCCCAGGAUCACGACAAGAAAUUAGUUCCCGCUGUAUUCCGAGACAUCUGAAAUAGAGUGCCAAUCAUGACGCACUGCCUCUGGUCGACGUCUCUGGGCAUGCUGGCCCUCCUGGCCCUGCUUUCCAUGGUGAGCAGUCGCUCGGUGCGCCAACUGCCGAAUAGAUAUCCGCCCUUGCUGCCAGCCGGAUACUAUGGGCAGUCGCCCUACGCCUACCCGCCCUACGGCUAUGGUUACCAAGCCCCACACUUUGCGAUCAAUCCUCCAGGCACUUACUUCGACAACGUUUACGGCGUCUACAAGACCUACCCGGGCGGUGGAUAUCCCGUGCGGUUCGACUACAACAAUCGUUGCUCUCGGAACUACAUUGGCAUUAAGCCUCACCCAGAUCAGCAGCAGUACUAUUAUGUCUGUAAGCCCAACUGUGUAAUCUUUAGCAAGUGCCGCAAUCUUGAGAGUUUCAACUCGAGCAGUGGGCGGUGCGUGCAGCACGUUCCACAACACAGACCGGACCACAUGCUGCCACAGUGUCAGAAGGAGGGGCGCUUCCCGCACCCUCACGAUUGCAAAGUUUACUACAGGUGCGAUAAAAACCGGACGCACCCUUGGCUUUUCGCCUGCCCCGAGGGCACCAUCUUCUCGCCCGUGGAGCGAAAGUGUCUGCCCGGCGAUCAGUGCCCCUCCACGGAAAUCUCGGAGAGUGGCAGCUAUAUACCGCAGAACUGCGAGAUCAAGUUCCCAGAGUGCGCCGAGGAGGGCACCUUUCGCUCGCCGACGGACUGCGCCCUCUACUACACAUGUCGAUUGCAAGAAAGCGGUACCUAUCUGCAAACGCGUUUUAAGUGCCCUGGCAGCAACAGUUUUGACCUCGAACGAAAGCUAUGUCGUCCCCGCCAUGAAGUUGACUGCUUGGAUUAUGUCUCUGGUCCUGUUCCAGUACCUUACCAUGCCCCACAGGCAUACUAUCCACCGUACCCAGUUGCACCGCUCUACGAAGAGGACGACUACGAUACGGAAGCCAGGGAACAGGAGCCUGCUAUUCAGUCCGGGAAAGACCCUCUGUUUGAAAGACCCUCUGUUAAAAUUGUCGUUCUGCCCACCACGCCAGCCACCACCACUUCAAAGCGCACUGCCGAUUACCCCUCAUAUGAGCACACUUUACACCACAGUGGUAAAGAACCGUCAUUAGGGAGCCCAAAGGUUCAGGCGAAUGAAGACUCGCUCAGAAUUAAGCUUUCAAAGAACAUUGUCAUCAUGCCCACCACACCAGAGACUACAACAAUCAAGAGUAAGCUUUCAACGGAUACCACUAAAUAUCAAUACAAAAGGUACACCUAUGCAACAACCAAAGACUUUGUAACUGAGACUCCGCAACACAAGGAAGUGCCAACGGACUUCCACCUAUCAAAAAAUAUAGUCAUUUUUCCGACUACGACUACAACAACUACUACAAAACCAAUAGCUUCUACAUGCCCCACUUUUCCGAUGCCAAGUACAACUCGAAAAUCGAACACAACUACGCCAAAAACUAGUACAGUGACAGAUACAACCAUUAAGCCUACGACAACGCUGAGGACAAGCACUACUCAAAAACAAAAUACGACGACACCGAAAACAACAACGACCCAGAUAUCAACGGUGGAUCCAAAGACAACAACAACUGCUUCUACGACGACAAUAACGGCACAGAAAUCGACAAAGUCUCCGAAUACAUCCACAGUUACAACAGCUUCUCAACAACCAAUAACAACCACUCUUAACACAUCAACAGUAACUACGACCACUCAAAAGCCAAAAACUACUAGUGCAAAACCAAACACAACGACCCAAAAAUCAACAACAAACAGUAAGACAAGUACCGUGGCAAGCACUACGCAACAGACUACUUCUACAUUAACUACAACCACUCCAAAACGAACAACUACCACCCUUAAACCUAUCACAACAACUUUGAAGACGACAACAGUGACCACUACUACUCAAAAACCAAUAACAACCACACUGAUAAGCACUACAGUAACCACGUCAACUCAAAAGCCAACAACUGAUACUCCUAAACCGACAACAACGACCCAGAAAUCAACAACGAGUCAGAAAUCAACUGCAGUGACAACUACUACUCAACAACCAAUAACGAACACGACAACCCAAAAAUCAACAACGAAGACAAGUACAGUGACAAGCACCACGCAACAGCCAAUUUCUACAGUAACUACAACCACUACCACAACAACUCCGAAGACAACAAUAGUGACAACAACGACUCAAAAACCAACAACGACCACACUGAAAAGCACUUCAGUAAACACGUCAACUCAAAAGCCAACAACUGAUACUCCUAAACCGACAACAACGACCCAGAAAUCAACAACGAGUCAGAAACCAACUGCAGUGACAACUACUACUCAACAACCAAUGACGAGCUCUCUGAAAACCUCAACAGUAACUACAACCACUCGAAAACCAAAAACUACUACUACACAACCGAACACCACGACCCAAAAAUCAACAACGACUCCGAGGACAAGUACAGGGACAAGCACUACGCAACAGUCAACAUCUACAGUAACUACAACCACUCUAAAGCCAAUUACAACUACCCUUAAACCCACCACAACAACUCUUAAGACAACAACAGUGACCAUUACUACUCAAAACCCAAUAACAACCACACUAAAUACCUCUACAGGAACUACAACGACUCAAAACCCAACAACUGAUACUCCAAAACAGACAACAACGAUCCAGAAAUCAACAACGAGUCCGAAAACAACCACAGUGACAGUUACUACUCAACAACCAAUAACAAGCUCUCUGAAAACGUCUACAGUAACUACGACCACAAGUUCAAAACCGAACACAACGACCCAAAAAUCAACAACUACUUCAAAGACAAGUACAGCGACAAGAACUACGAAACAGACAAAAUCUACAGCAACUACAACCACAUUUGAGCCAUCAAUUACUACCCUUAAGCCUAUCACAACAACUCGGAAGACGGCAUCAGUGGCAACUACAACUCAAAGACCAAUUACGACCACACUGAAAAGCACUUCAGUAACUACAACCACCCAAAAGCCAACCACUUCUAAACCAACGACCGACGAUUUGACAACAACUCCGAAAUUAACAACAAUCACACAUAAACCAAACACCACCACUCGGAAAUCGACAUCAGUUACCGCAACAACCACAAGUAUCGAGACCUCGAGAAGUCCAACUACGCAAAACUCCACCACAACAGAGUUGACUACUGUAACAAGACCGCACUGUUCCGAUCCUGACUCCACCUCAGACAAUAACACAAAUCCUGCAUGCACACAAGAACUCCAACAAGUAAAACAACUUAAACUACAUUUGCCACAACAUCAAGAAGAGCAUAUUCACACACAAACCAACAUUGAACCAAUUGAAAGUAGGACUAUUUUGGGAGGGCGGGAUGAGUCAGACUACUUGGACGAUGCACCAUCUUCUGCGAGUGGGGAAUCAAGACAGGAAACGACAGCGAAGGCUCCGUCCAUGUCCACUCUAGCUGCGGCCCACAUACUGCGGAAGCUGUUCCACGUAAUCUCCACCACUCCAUCGAGCAGGGAGAAAGCUCCCAGGCAGCGCUCGCCCAACGUAACCCUUGGUCAAAUGGCCAGGCACAACCUGGCCACCUCAAAGCCUUUCAUCGCUCACUCCCUGCGACUUUCUAUUCAGCAACUGACCUCCACCCAGAAGCGCUCCAUUCAACCCAAGGCUAUCGUCGCACUGAACACCACCAAGAAGGAGCCGGCGGACUAUGAGUACUACGACAGCAGGUCAGCGGAGCAGUACGUCGACGAGGAGAAUGAAGUGCUGUCGAGAACCCAGCCGAAAGCCACAUCCAGCAGUCCCAGUCCAGUCCCGUCCACGACUACUGUGCGGGAGCUUCAUGAGACAAGUUCCGCACCAAGCCAGCCGAAGGAAGUUUUAAUUUCCUCCACAACAGCUCAGCCGUUUCAGGAAACGACGGACGAUUUGGAGUACAGAGACAACUCUGGGGACUCUGAAUAUGUCAACGAUGAUUACCCGAAUGCUAGCCACGUCUCCGAGAAUCAGAUUCCAGGCGGAAUAAACAGCCGAGAGGCAAGAAAGAGUUUUCUGCUGAGCCUGCUUAAAGAGCGAUUGACUCAGACAGAAGCGCAGAAGCCAUUGGAAACUACUACCAAAGCUGAUUCCCUGAUAUCCAGCACCAGUGCAAGACCGAGCUCCACUAGAAUUUCAAUCACGAGUACAACCACAACGCCUAGAAUGAGCAGAAGUACGCAAUCACCUACAAAGCCACCAACUAGGGCGGUACAGCUGCCAGCAAAACACUCCGUUUACCUGAGCCGGGAAUACUAUGAUGAUGAUGAUAAUGACGACGAAUAUAUGGAAGAAGAUCCCAGUGCCCUUUCUGAUACCGCGAAGAAAGACCAGGGUAAAGACAGAGGCAAUGUUGCCAAAAAGUCACCAACAGCAACAGCAAAGCGUCACAUCGUUCUCCCACUGAUACAGCAGCCGAUGGAAACUGAAUUAGCAACCUUGAAUGCGAAAAGCGUGCCUUCAAAAACCGCUUCUGACGGGCUUAUGUUCAAAGGACUUGCAAUCAGGAAAAGUCAGUUUACCACUAAAAGUUCUCUGAAGCGGCUACCAGGAACUGAGAGUGUAAAUAGCCUUGCUAAUAACAUACCAAUUCUUGACAUAGUUGGGCACUCUUCGAGGCUAACUAUUACACCCACAUUAACUUCAACAUCGAGUUUAACAAAAAUUAAGCCAAAAAUGCAAACCACAAUGCCAAGUAGAAUACUAAGACCUGCAUUUACCGCAUCUACUGAAUCAUCCUUUCCAACCCUAUCAUCAACAUUUACAGAACCAUUAACGACACUACAAAACAGGCAAAAAUUAAGAGAAGGAGAAAAGCACGAAAGUAAAUUAGAAAUAAUCACACCGACAACCUCAGAAACACUUCCGACUGCAACCGGAUUUGCAGCAGUCGCAACAUCAUCAGCAAUAGUUCAAAGCCAGACAAUGCUGUCAGUAAACAGCAGGCCUUGGUUACUGGCGGCCAUCAACCAAACCGUUCACAUAACACCCAUAUCUUCCAUUGCCGCUCGAGCGCCGAGCAACCCAGUGAGCCAAGUUAACCGUUCGUUCAACCCACUAGUCUCCAGCCCCGAGGACUAUUCCACCGAGAAGGUGCCGCAGCUCAUCGUAAAGGUGUACGAGCCCAUUGACCUGAAAAUCGUCUUCUGCCCGAAUUCCUGCGACCAGUCCCAUGACCACAAAUACGACCCAGCUGAUAAUUAUAAGAAAUCAAACUGCACUGGAGACUGCGACGAGGAGGAGGAGCGGGUGCACAAGCAUGUCGACAUCCAGUGGAAACCACAGGAACUGGGCGAAAUAGCUGCCUUCCGCAACACAGCAUAGAUAUGUGACCACAUUAAUUUCAACCACAAAAAUAGCCGUAGUCUGAUAACUUUUACCUAGUACCUAA